AUGUACCCGGCGGCGGCGAUCCUGGCGCCCCUCUACGUCUGCGCGCGCACCCUGGAGACCUUCGAGUACAGCGUUGGCAAGAACCUCCCGAGCAACGACGCCGUCGCGGUCUACGAGUUCCGCUCCCUGAAGGCGCUCCGCCUCUCUGGCGAGGCGGGCCCGCUCCUCGCGUACAUCAUCCCACCGGCGCUCGAGCGGCUCACACUGCACGACGCUCAGGCGCCGGACAAGAAGCCCGAGCUCUUGCAGCACUUCGUGGUCCGCGUGCCUUCCGCCAGGGAGACGAUCGCCUUCCUGGACGUCUGGAUGGAUGGCUUGGAUGACCUGGAGCAGCUGGCUCACUUGGCGCGGAGCGUCGGCAUGCUGCACGCGGCGGGCCUGGAGGAGCUGAGAUUCUGCGGCUCGCGGGUACCCGAUUACUUCUUCGAGCCGUUUGACGCGGGAGAUCGUGGACUGUACGUCAAGGUGGUAGUCGCUACUCUGAAGGACUACUUGCAUGAAAGCCUGGCUAGCCAGUUCUGA